UACAAACUGCCAAAUAAACAAGCCAAAUAACAAAAGCAUACAAUAACACAAGUCUCUGCAAAGUGAAAACUAAAAAGAGAGAGCAAAUGGAAUUCAAGAACGACAACAACAACAACGAACACGUCGCUACGUUAUGCUGCUGCUGAUUUAUUUAUGAAUUAAUUUCGCUCUUUAACUCUACGCUCUGCUGUUUGCUUUGUUCACGUAUACGUGUGCGCGAGUGUGUGUGGGUGUAUGUUGUUUGCCAGAGUUUUGUGGGUCUGGAAUUUUUUUUUGCAGUAUUCGAGUGGCGUUGAGUAAAGAACGUUGACGAAGAGCGUGUGAUAGGGUGGGCAGCAAUUGAAUAGUAGACUCUUCCAAUUAAACAUCUGGCGAGAUAAGGGCGAACUACAAACUACAUUUGCAAAAACAACAAAUUAAAGCAAGGCAGUUGGCUGUUGGCAGUGGCCGUGUAUGUGUGUUUCUGUGGAACGCAAAUAGAACAAGCUUUGCGUGCCAAGUUGCCUUAAAUAAAUUGCCAAGAUGAUUCAUGUAGGCGAGAACACCUGGAAUCUGCGCAUCCUGAUCACAGAUCUGCAAGUGGAGAAGACGCUGCGAGUGCGCGGCGAUCAGCAUAUCGGCGGUGUAAUGCUGCAGCUGGUCGAUCCCGAAAUGCCCAAGGAUUGGUCGGAUCAUGCGCUCUGGUGGCCCGCCAAAAACACUUGGCUAACGCGCACGCGCUCCACGUUGGAUCAGGCAGGCGUGCAAGCUGAUUCAUUUCUACAUUUUACGCCCAUGCACAAGACGCUGCGUGUGCAGCUGCCGGACUUGCGCUAUUUGGAUUAUCGCGUUAAACUUCGAUUAAAACAUUUCGGCGCAGUCGUGCACCUAUGCAAAGAUCUGGACAUACGCUAUCCGGAGGAACUAUCGCUCUGCAAGCCCAUUGAACAGGAGCAUCUGAAGAAGAACUUCUCCAAGGUCCACAAAAAAAUGAUACCCGUAGCGGAGGCCAAUGGCACCACCUAUCUUCAGCCUGCGGCAGACACCAAUAGCUUUGUGCCCAUCAGCAAUGCUUACCACAGCAACGGCAGUCUGGAUCGCACACAGGGCAAUGGCAAUGGACUGCUCUGCGCGCCUGCAUCGCCCUAUGGAACAACGCCGCGACGCGCUGCCACUGCGCCUGGCACGCCCAUAAGCUCGCCUACAGGCACUUGGAAGCAUAACUCUAGCAAUGGCUAUGGCUAUGGCUACGAUUCCAACUCCAGCUUUGGUGAUUUUCAAGAGAAUCUAGCGGUCUCGCCACGUUCACCCAGCGCCGAUGUGCGCGCUCGUCUGUUGCGUCCCAAGUCUUUGGUGCAGAAGGCGCGCCUUAACGUCGGCUGGCUGGACUCUUCGCUGUCCAUCAUGGAGCAGGGCGUGCGCGAGUAUGAUACGCUCUGCCUGCGCUUCAAAUACUUUACGUUCUUCGAUCUGAAUCCCAAGUAUGAUCAGGUGCGCAUUAAUCAGCUGUACGAGCAGGCCAAGUGGGCCAUAUUGAAUGAGGAGCUCGACUGCACGGAGGAGGAGACUUUGAUGUUUGCUGGACUGCAGUUUCAGGUGAACUAUCAAACGGACAUGCAGCCAGCUGGCUUGGACUCCAGCCCCAGCAAGAAUAGUCAUGAGAAUGGCGCAGAUGAUGACAUCGAUUCGGCUCUGAAUGAGCUGCAGAUUACACUGGAGGGUCCAGGCGGCGGCAACGAUUCGGGCAACAUAACACGCAUACCCGAACUCUCGGACUACUUGCGCUUCCUCAAGCCACAGCUGUUUACGCUCAAGGGCUUCAAGCGUUACUACUUCACCUACAAGGAUCUGCAUUUGCAUUUGUUUAAAUCACAAGAGUAUUCACGACGUGCUGCACCCAGCAUUAGCAUUAAUCUUACGCGGCUGCGAGGUGACUCCCAGAUGUGCAGCUGGCCCAAGGGCAAGUUUGGCAUACGCCUGGAGGUGCCACCACAGGGACGCAAUGGUCCCAAUAGCGAGUUCUGGGUGCGUUGCGAAAACAUGGAGCAGUAUGCCAAGUGGAUGGCUGCCUGUCGUCUGGCGGCCAAGGGACGCUCGCUGGCCGACAGCAGCUACGAGAGCGAAGUGCAGAGCAUACGGUCCCUGCUGCAAAUACAAAAACCCCAAGCGCAGGCUGCACCACUCAACAUCAAUCCACGCAGUGUGGAUGCCCAGGACUAUUUGUCCGUCAAGAUGCAACGCAAGCUGGCCAGCAAAGCUGUGCAACGCAUUCUGGAGGCGCAUGCCAAUGUGCGUCAGCUGGCGCUAAUGGAGGCCAAGCUGAAGUAUAUACAAGCCUGGCAAUCCCUGCCAGACUUUGGCGUCACGCUGUUCGUUAUCAAGUUCGAUGGUCAUAAAAAGGAGGAGCUGCUGGGCGUGGCACAUAAUCGCAUCAUGCGCAUGGAUCUGAAUACAGGCGAUCAUAUCAAGACCUGGCGUUACAACACCAUGAAGGCCUGGAAUGUCAAUUGGGGCAUUAAGUGCAUGAUGAUUCAGUUUCAUGAUGAGAACGUUGUGUUCUCUUGCCUCUCGGCCGAUUGCAAGGUGGUGCAUGAGUUUAUCGGCGGCUAUAUAUUCAUGUCUAUGCGUUCCAAGGAAAACAAUCAGACACUCAACGAGGAAAUGUUUCACAAAUUGACAGGCGGCUGGUCAUAAAUCCGGAGACGCCAUCGCCUUUCCUUGCGCUUCUCAGUUUUAUGCGUGCCAAGCACAUACAAAGUUGUCGCUUGUUUUUAAUUGAAUUGUUUAUGUAUAUGUAAAGUGUAUGUGUAAAUGUCAAACGUUAAUACUUUAGACUAACUGUAAUUAUGCAUAUUGUGCCUUUUCUAUAUCUAUAUACAAGUCAUGUGUGUAUAUGUUUAUCUGUACUAAACACAAAUAGUUUACAUGUUAAUCAGUGUCUUUGUUAUCGGUCUAAUGCAGAAAUAGUUGAAAUCUAGCUAACUCAAACAAGCAAAUAUCUUUUUAUACUACUUUAACUUUAUCGCGGCCUUGCAGUAAACUAAUCCGAAAUUUUGAUAUAUUGUAUAUUUAUUAAAACGAAUUAAUA